AUGCGAGAUCGUAUUACGAAGGCUGACGAGGUACUCGAGCUUUUCGCAAAGCUCAUUGAGGAUCUCCCCCCUGGCCACGUUCCAAUCCGUCAGUCUACCCUGGGUCGCCUCGGGAAGAAUCUGCCCCUUGAGCAAGCAGUUGAGAUGCUCCAGAUUUUGCAAAAGUCAGGCAUCAAGUUACAUCGAAAUACGCUUUUGCACUUUGCAAGAAACCUUGCGAGUAGCAGUGCAUACAAAUCCAAGGCAUUUGAGCUUCUUCGCGAGAUCGCAGAUAAGGGCCACGAUCUGAACUCGGCUGGGUUCGCGAGCGUUGUCACGACUUUGCUACUUUCUAGGCAAGCGAAAAAUGGAUGGUCCACAUCUGAUGAAAGUUUUCCGCCUCAGCGGGCUCUUGAGUAUUUUCUCGAGCGCGGCUUCUCCCCUAACCUGAUCAACUUCACGUCUCUGGUUGAAUCCCUUUGCUUGCAGGGGGACAUUGCAGAAGCAGUUCGGCUUCCGUUGCUGCUCGCAGAGAACGGCGUUGAGUUGGAUCGACGGUGCUAUACCACUGUUUUCAGAGGCGCAAAGGCCAGCCUUAAAGCAUCCAACGUACAACUUGCACUCGACGUCGCUCGAGCGGCUAAAGCACCAUAUGUUGAUGUGCUAAACAACACACUCCAUUCUAUCUUUUACUUUGCAGAGAUGGAGAGCCGUGAGAAGCAGUAUCCUUCGCCAUGGACCGUUCCCAUCUUUGGGUCCAUGCUUCGCAUCUAUGCCAAGAAAUUCAACCUGGAGCCUCUCCAAUGGCUGCUGCCAGACACUCUGCCCCUGAUUCUCAGCCAGGAAGAUGUGGACGGUAUUGAGAAAUUCAGGUCUGGCCCAAGAAGAGAGUGGGGGUUUAGGACGACCAUUGUUCCUGUUGUGAAUGAGUUUUUCGAGCGCGAGGCCCCCCGACAGAAGCCUAAUGCAGAGACUCUAGCUAUCAUGCUACGUGCAUAUAUCAAGACCCUCUACCGACCUUAUGAUUUAUUGUCGUUUUACAGCUUCUUCAAAUCCCGUCUAGAGGAGCAUGGGGCUGAAAAGAAUUGGGGUCGAGAGCUUGUGGAAGAUCAAGGGAGCGUGGUCCAUGACACAUUGAUCCAGGUCAUGCUCGGGCAAAAGUCUCUACUACGCCCCGCGCUACAGGUUUUCGGUGACAUGCUUCGCGGCACGUUGACUUCCAAGACCAAGGAAGAGGGCAUUGAAGAAACCUCGCCUCCUGAUGGCAUACAGGCUCACCCGGCGCCAAGCCUGUUCACAUUCACUAUCCUCUUGCAUGGUCUUUUGAUGCGAAAAGAGAAAAUGCUAGGGGAGCAAAUGCUCCAGGUCAUGCGGGAGCACAAUCUGGAGCCCAACGACGUAACUUGGAAUACCCUCGUGAAGGGUUAUGCGUCAAUGCAGAAUCUGUCACAGACGGUGGGCACACUACAGGACCUUGAGGCGGCUGGGUACAAGCCUGACGCAUAUACCUUCAAGGCGUUUUCGAGACUGAAGGAUCAGACUCGGGCACUUGAAACGAUGGAAAAGAUUAUUGACGAGAACAAGAAGAGGCUGGAGCAAAACCACUCUCAAUGA